AUGGAUCCUGCAUUGCCAGAGGCGCCCCAGACGCUCAGUCUUAUUGAUGCCACCAUUUCUGAGCUCAAGCAAGCCUUGGACUCAAGGAUAAUUACAAGCGUUGAGCUGGUCGCACGAUAUCUUCGACGUAUAAGCGUAUAUGACGCCACCGGUCUCAAGCUAAGCGCCAUUCCUAUUCUUAAUCCCUCGGUUAUUGAAGAAGCUACCGCUUCCGAUGCUCGACGCGCCUCUGGCUUGCCUGCGAGGCCUCUGGAAGGGAUUCCUUAUCUCGUGAAGGAUAGUAUUAAAGUGAAAGGAAUGACCGUUGCUAGCGGCUCUCCAGCGUUUGAAAAUCUUGUGGCCACUGAAGAUGCUGCAUGUGUCCAGGCCCUUAAAAAUGCCGGGGCUGUUCUUCUGGGUAGGACCAACAUGCCGGCUAUGGCCUAUGGGGGCAUGCAGCGUGGCUCGUAUGGGCGCGCCGAAAGCCCGUACAACUUGGAUUACUUGACAGCAGCAUAUGCGUCUGGAUCUUCAAAUGGAUCCGCCACGGCCACCACGGCAAACUUUUGCGCCUUUAGUUUGGGAAGCGAGACUGUGUCUUCUGGAAGAUCACCUGCUUCCAACAAUGCAAUCAUUGCUUACACGCCAUCAAGGGGCCUGUUGCCUCUCCGUGGAGUAUGGCCUUUAUACCCAACCUGUGACGUCCUAGUGCCUCACACUCGAACCAUGUCCGACCUAUUUCACGUCCUCGAUGUCCUUGCAGUUAUCGAUAAGACCCCUUCUGGAGACUUCUGGAACGAACAGAAAAUCAUCUCCUUGCCCCCAGUUGAUACCCUCCGACCCCGUGUUUUCAAGGAAUUAGAAGACGUGAAGUCUCUUCGCGGGAAAAGGUUAGGUGUGCCCUCGAUGUAUAUCGGUGGUGCAGAUAUUCUCCCUGACAACGUGUGCACCAGACCCUCUGUGAUUAUGCUCUGGAAGGCCACAAAGGCGUCAUUGGAAGCGUGCGGUGCCACAGUGAUAGAAGUAGACGACUUUCCCUUAGUUACAACAUAUGAAUCUAGGGCGAGCCUAGGAGAGCAAGUGAAUGUCAAGGGUCUUCCGGAAGGCUGGCAUUCAAUGGAAAGAUGCCAGGUCGUUGCACAUAGCUGGGAUGACUUCCUGGCAUACAACAACCAACCGGGUCUCCAAUCUCUCACCUGCGUAAACCCCGACACAAUCUUUCCCCUUGCUCCAGGCUCACUACCUGGGACACCUGAUGCAACCAACACACUCAGAUGGCACGAGAUGGUGGAGUACCCUAAGAACAAGCCCAACUCUAUUUAUGAGAUCCCGGGAAUGAGACAAGCUCUGAACGCCCUAGAAAAUGCCCGAAAAGAAACCUUUGAGCAAUGGAUGGACCUCCAUACCCUAGAUGCGGUAGUUUUCCCCGCAAAUGGCGACGUAGGAAGUGCUCGUGCAGAUAUGGAUCCUGAAUCUUCUCUGUACGCCUGGCGGAACGGUGUCAAGUAUUCUAACGGGAAUCGGGGAAUUCGUCACCUAGGCAUUCCCACCGUGUCAGUUCCUAUGGGAUUAAUGGAGGACACGAGAAUGCCGGUCAACUUGACCUUUGCCGGUAAGGCGUACGACGACAACAACCUCCUUCGAUAUGCGUACGCGUUUGAGAAGGAGACAAAAAAUCGCCAGCUGCCACCUCUCGUGCCUCAGUUAGACUCUGAUCUAAUCGAUCUAUCUGGGUCGAGUCAUCUUACAUCAAGCAAGGCCCUAUUGGAAACGCCUCGAAUUGAGGUUAAAAAUCAGCUCAAAAACAUCCAGGAUACAACUGUGCAUCUUGAUAUCCAAGGAGUCUUACAUUUAGAUCGCAAUGAAAUACUAAAAAAGCUAACGUGCUAUGUCAAUGGUAGCCCCAUUGAGGCGACCAUCGACGAAGACGUGUGGAGUCUGACAGCCAGAUACCCCAUGUCGGCGCGUGACAGCAAGUGGACACGUUGGUCGAGUCCUGCUCUCGUCCAGACAAUUGUGGUUGUGGUGGCCCAGACAAACACUGGUCGGGUGGCUGGCAAGUUGCUUUUGUUGUAG